AUGGGCGCACCGAUGCUCCUAUUCUACGCUGGCCCUGGGGUCGUUGACAGUGCCUUGACCAGCGGGUCCGUCCUCAAUGAUGACCGGACUCGUAUUGUCUUCGUCGUCUUUGAUGGAGUCGGCUCCAUCUUCCUCCCAGGGGUAGUGCCUAGCGACUUCUUCGAGGUCAUCGUCAUCUGA